AUGGAUGGGGAUGUGUCCUUGUGGUGGGAUAAGUGGUCCCCGUUAGAGCCAUUGGGAGUUCUUAGUACUAAUAUAUCGAUGCCGAGGUUAUCCAUAAAAGAUUGUAAGUUGGAUUUGGGGUGGAAUGAAGAAUUACUAACAAAUUUACUGGGAAGGGAAAAGGCCUUGGAAGUACUGAUGCAGUUGGGAAAUAGUAGACAAGGCCUGGAUAAACUGAUCUGGAUGGGAAAUCCAGAUGGAAAAGUUUCGAUGAAAAAUGCAUGGGAAAAGACGAGAAGAAGGGCACCAGCGCUUUCAUGCUUUAAUUGGAUCUGGAACUCGUGUCUCCCAAAAAACAUUUCUAUGACCAUGUGGCAAGCUAACCAUGAGGGUCUUCCAGUAGAUGACAAUCUGAGAAAAGUGGCGGCUCCAAUUGUAUCAAAAUGUGUUUGCUGUGAAUCUGGAGCCUAUGAAGACAUGGAUCAUGUUCUGUCAAGAGGAGAAGUGGCGCAGUAUGUAUGGCGAAAGGUUGGUUUAAAACUCAAAGCAGCAGAAAAAUGGAAUAAAGUAGAUGAUGCAGUUUUGAUGGAUCUCGGGGUCCCUAUUAAACACAAAACAAGGAAAGAAGUAAGGCUGGUUGGCUGGAAGAAACCGAGAGAUGGAUGGUACAAGCUAAACACGGACGGAUGCAGCUUGGGAAAUCCGAGAAGAUUGGGUGUAGGAGGAGUCAUACGGGAUGAAAAAGGGGAUCUCAGGUUGGCAUAUGCGGAGGAAAUUCCUGAAGGUACAAACAAUAAUGCUGAAUUAAUUUCUUUACUUCAUGGGCUUCGGCAUUGCAGAGAUAUGGGAUUACAAUUGGUUGAAGUGGAAAUGGAUUCAAACAUUUUAGUCAAUUGGCUGAGGAAAAGUAUUUGUGGUAUUUGGUACCUAGAAGACUUUUGGGAGGAGAUAAUGCAAUUGUUAAGUUCAAUAAGGUACACAGUUCAGCAUAUUUAUAGAGAAGGAAAUGCAUUGGCUGAUAGCCUGGCUAAGUUGGGUGCCGCUGGAAGCUAUUGUCGUUGGAGAAACUCGGUGGAUCUGCCAACACAGUUAAAAGGGAUUUAUCGUGUAGAAAAGGCUGGCUUACCGGCGUUAAGAAUUUGA